GCUGGAGGCUGUUCAGUGAGAUCCACCUAGAGGAGGAUGCAUCCGUCCUUCUGAGAGGAUCUACAGAAGGGGGCUCCACCCCCCCACAUCGCCUCUUUCAUGUCUCUCUGCAACAACGGUGCCAGGAUGCCUUCUCCGCAGGAAGCGUCCAAUGGCUUCCCCCAGGCUGGUGCCUCAGGCACCUGGCACAAGCCAGAGGAUGAGGUGAGGCUGGUGGAGGCUGGUUUGGUGAAGAAGGCCCACCGGGAGAUCUUGGACCACGAGAGGAAGCGCAGGGUCGAGCUGAAGUGCAUGGAACUCCAGGAGAUGAUGGAGGAGCAAGGGUAUUCAGAAGAGGAGAUCCGUCAGAAAGUGGGGACCUUCAGGCAAAUGUUGAUGGAAAAAGAAGGCGUGCUCACCCGUGAAGACCAGCAUGGCCGGCAGAUAGUGAUCGAAAACCAUCACAUGGUAGAUAGCGAAGAGUACAUGAUGCAGUAUCCAGAGUACAGGAGGGGAUGCCCUCUGCAGUGUGAUUGCACGACGGACUGCUACCAAGACGACAGCAGUCACCGAGAAUACAGGCUGAAGAGACGAUCCAGCACCUCCACCUCUCCCCCACCCAAGAAGAAAAAGAAAAAGAAAUCAGGUCACCGCCGAAGCCGCAAAAAAAGGAAGCCUGGUUCAGAACGCAGUGGGGAGAGCUCUUCCCCGGUCCGGAAGGAGAAGAAGAAAAAGGCGGGUAAAAAACACCGGAGAGAUAGGUCUGCGUCUGGCUCUCGUAAGAAGCGGAGGCACAGGUCCAGAAGUCUCAAGAGCAAAAGAAAAGAGAAACACACAGGUAGAAAAAGGUCACACAGCGAGUCAUCUGCCUGGCGGUCUCACAGACAUAGCAGCUGCAGUUCUCGGAGUGCCUCCCUCUCCUCAGAUUACAGCAACUGCAAAUCGACAAGCAGACCGAGCCCCAAGUACAGAGAGGAUGGCCAGAAGGCCAUCAGCCACCGAUCCAGCCAGAGCCCAUCCUCUUCCUGUACUGGCCAUAGCCGCUCAGCCACACCUCACCAAAACGGGCACAAGGGCAGUGCCCAGAAUGGCCGCCAUAGCCAUGGUCUCCUCUCAGAGAAAAAACAGGAGCAAAGGCUGGACUCCGUGUCGCCUUCAGCGAGAGCACAUGCCAAGAAUGAAGCCGCAUCACUUCACUCCAAAGAAGGCAGAGGGUGUAAAUACGGCGUCAAGGCCUCGCGGCGCUCUGUGUCACCACCAGGGAGGUGUUCGGGCAGCGACAAACACGUCCACAGGCGCCACACCAGGUCCACAUCAGCUCACAAGCACAAGGGCCGCAGCAGGGCCAAAUUCUCUGCCGCCAAGGAGUCCCCACGCUCUGUCAGCCACACCGGCUACAGCAGCGACUCAGAGGGGUCCAGCUGCUCGCACCCGUACCACACAACAGCCGGGGCAGAAAAAAACCAUGGGGUACACCUAAAAAUAGCAAAGGAGAGGCACCGCCGGGGACGACCCAACAGUUGUUCUCCAGUCCCAGCCAAGCACUCCAGGCGCAAGUCAGAGCGAAGGAAGAGCCUGUCCCGAAGCCGCUCCUGGAGCUCUAGCUGUUCCCCAUCAAAGUCUCGGUCCCGAUCCCGGGACAAGAGAUCUGCGCGCAGCAGGACCCGGUCUGGAUCCCAGAAAAAAAUAACAAGCAGCAGAGAGAAAGACAAGGAGCCACGGGCCCGUCACAGUGACACAGAACCGACUCGGGCCCGUCGUCGCUCUCGGAGCUACUCUCCUAUCCGAAAGAGAAGGCGUGACUCCCCCAGUUUUAUGGAGCCCAGGAGAAUCACUAGUGCCCGCAAGCGCCCGAUCCCCUACUACCGGCCCAGUCCAUCCACUUCCAGCUCCCUGAGCAGCUACUCCUACAGCCACAGCCGCAGCCGCAGCUACGACAGCUACAGCAGCAGCCGGAGCAGGACUCGCACCCAGAGCCGCAGCCCAAGCUACAACAGUCGGAGCAGUUCCGAGAGUGCUGGGUUCUGA